GUCAUUUUUCAUGUUGCACUUGGAUAUCCAGUCUGACAAGAUAUAUGCAGCCCAGGAUGCAUUGGAAAGCUUGGUGGCCAGAGAAUCUGUUCAAGGACAUACCAGAAAAAAGAAACAAGAGGUUGAGAUCAGUUGAAGAGUGACUCUAGAAAAACUCCCUCCUGUCCUUGCGCUGUACCUUAAACUAUUUGUUUACAGGAACACUGGUGGAUGUCAGAAGCUUAUCAAAAAUAUUGAGUAUCCUGUGGACUUGGAAAUUAGUAAAGAACUGCUUUCUCCAGGAGUGAAAAAUAAGAACUUUAAAUGCUACGGAACCUAUAUACUAUAUGCAGUGGUCUACCAUCAUGGCAGCAGUGUGAUGGGUGGUCAUUACACUACAGACAUCUUCCAGAUCAAUCAGAACAGCAGGCUGCACAUUGAUGACCAGACAGUCAAGGUGAUUAACCAGUACCAGGUGGUGAAUCCCACUGCAGACCUCACAGCCUACCUCCUCUAUUAUUGCCAAGUGGACCUGCUGUAACUACCUAUGUGCUGUGUGUGCCCACACCCCCUCGUAGAACACCAACUUUCACUGACUUCCUUCCUCUCUUUAGUGGCUCUUUAAAGAGAAACUCUUUCUGCCUUCUACAAAAACAGACUAGAAUGAAACAGAGAUGCCUCGCGGCUUGUGUGCACAUAGCUUAUGUUGACUUCUCACUUCCAAAUCAAAAUCAUUUGGUUGAAACAGACUGUUGCUUGAUUUAACAUACA